GAACUAAAGCACGAUGGUGGACAAAUUAUUUGGCUACUGGAAGUUGGAAAAGAAUGAGAACUUUGACAAAUACAUGGUGGAGAAUAAAGUGAACAUGGUACUGCGUAAAGUCGGCAACACGAUCACGAGUUACGAGGAAAUCUCGCGAGAGGACGACCAAUGGACCAUCAACAUCACGUCAACAUUCAAAAGUACAAAACUUGUCUUCAAGCUGGGCGAGCCAUUCGAGGAAAAGACCAUGGAUGGGCGUACCAUGAAGUCAACAUUCAGUAUAGAAGGAGACACGCUGGUAUGUCUACAAGAUCCAAUCAAAGACGGCGAUAUUCCCUCCAGGUUUGUGCGUGAAGUCAACGAGGAUGGAAAAAUGGUCUUGACAUGUAUCGCCAUCCCAACAAAUGUGGUUGCCAAGAGAUAUUUCCAACCGUGCCAGAAGUAGGCGUGUUCAACAUAAUAACAUUUUCUUUUCUAUUGAUUAUACUGUUCUUACUUUGAUUAACAUUUUAACAUGUCACCUAUACUGAACAUUCA